CGGAGGCGGAAGUUCUGAGUGGCGGAGUCGCGCGCGCUCGCGCGCGGCAUCCCGGCAAAGGGCGGAGCGCGAGCGAAGCUUCCGCGCGGGCGAUGGGGCUGCUGAGCAUCUUGAAGAAGAUGCGACAGAAGGAGCGGGAGCUGCGCCUGCUGAUGCUGGGCCUGGACAACGCCGGCAAAACCACCAUCUUGAAAAAGUUCAAUGGAGACGAGAUUGACACCAUCUCGCCCACGCUGGGCUUCAACAUCAAGACCCUGGAGCAUCGCGGGUUCAAGCUGAAUAUCUGGGACGUGGGGGGCCAGAAGUCCCUGCGCUCCUACUGGCGCAACUAUUUUGAGAGCACCGACGGGCUCAUCUGGGUGGUGGAUAGCGCCGACCAUCAGCGGAUGGAAGACUGCAAGAAGGAGCUGGAGACCCUCCUGGUGGAAGAGCGUUUGGCUGGUGCCACACUUCUCAUCUUUGCGAAUAAGCAGGACCUGCCAGGUGCGUUAAGUCCCAGCGCCAUCCAGGAGGCCCUGGACCUCGACAGUAUCCAGACCCACCAUUGGUGCAUCCGAGGUUGCAGUGCUUACACCGGGGAAAAUCUACUGGUGGGCAUUGAUUGGCUGUUGGAUGACAUCUCAAGCCGGAUAUUCACUGCAGACUGAGAGAAUCUAGCAGUGUUUUUCAACCUCGGCUGCUGGAAAAUGGGUGGACUUCAACUCCCAGAAUUCUGCGAGUUGAAGUCCACCCAUCUUCCAGAGGCCGAGGUUGAAAAACUCAGAUUUAGUGACUGCAUUUUGACCAAUGGCCCGUCUUUCACCCUGGAUCUGGGCCUAAUUGAAACAAUGGCCAGUGCAAAAGUGAGUGGCAUCAGUCCUGUGGCAGGGGACAGCUGGAGGUGGGGGGGGGCAAACCAAUGGUACUUUGCUACCUUUAGUUCUCCGCACGGGAUUGUGUUAAAAGCAGACCAAUAAAGCUGUGGCUGUUUUAAAGAGA